AUGACGUAUUUGGUAUUAAGGCUAGAAGGAAGAGAAAUACGCAGGAUUCCGCUCAAGAAAGAAUCCAUGGCCGGUUCUUGCAGUAAAGAGAAUGCAGUUGUUUCAUUUAAUGAUGCCGAUUGCUCCUUUUCUGGACCUUCCAAGACUUUUUCUCCCGAGAGGAUAGUUCAAAAAAGGAAGCCUUGGUUGAACUACGAAUUAAUAGAGAAAGCAGUUCCAAAACUGAAGCAAAAGAAAUCAUUGGAGCAAAAGCGUCAGUCCAAUAAGGCGAAGAUGACAAUAGACAAAGAGAAGGUGGAGUGGCUUAAAUCUUCAAGGGAUUAUUCGUUUUUAUCAUCCGACGAUGAUAUGUUUCACGGUUCUGGGAUAAAACCUAAUCCUUGGAUGGUUAAGAAUGUUUCCAAAUCUUGUGAUUCAAUGCCGAAGAAGAAAUACGAGGUAUCAAGAAGCGGGACAGCUAUACCAAAACCACAAGUGUUAUCCUCUAAACCAUGGAGUAAAGAAUCAAGGUUCAAGAAUUCAGGCAGAUCAAAUUUGGAAGGUCAAUUUCGAAAGAGAAGACAAGUAGUCUAUGAAGAUGAUGAUGAUGACGACGACCAAGCCAUUGAAAUUAUUAGGACAGUUCGCUAUGAUCCCAAGAAGUUUACUGAUGAUGCAGAUGACAUAAAUGUGGAGGCAACUUAUUCAGAUACUCGUAAGGAAGAAACUCGGAGUGCUUCAAGAUUACAACAUAAAAAGAUCGUAGAACAAGAAAAGAAGGAGACAAAGAAACGAAAGAUGUACUGA